GUGAACUGUAAUCUUAUCUCGGCGAGGGUAACAUGCUGCGUAUGCGUAAUGCUUGAACGCGGUCUGGGACCCAAUUGAAAAACGCUUAAAUCAAGUUGGCCAACAGCUGCGGUUCACUUUCCCUUUUCCCAGCGUCUGACCAGAAAUAAAUCACAAUAAAACGUUACCGUUUUUGGGCUUAGGAGGAGUGUUUAAUUAGCAGCUACUAAAAGUGUGUGUGGUGUAAUUUUGGAGGCCCUAAGAAUGGUUAAAAGUGGGAAAAUACCUUUUACUUAGCUGUGAGGUUGUGGGUAGUCUUAUCGGUGUCUGAGGUUUCCCCCACUGAUAAAGCCCCUUGGAUUAGAUAAAUAGGGCAAACAUACUUCUGUUUAUAAACUGAAUAUUUCAGGGUCUUUGUCACUUUUUAAAUUUAAUUAACAUUUCAGAAGUUUGUUUAUUUUAAUUUCGAUACAGUUUAUAUGCAUUCACUCCUUUAAUUGCUCUCAAUAACUUUAAAUAAACAUUGGCGAGAAAGUCCCUGCGGGCAGUUUAUUUCGUGAAAAGAAGAGAAUUAAAUGCCAAAACCAUUUAAAGCUCCAGAUAAUCGGCUUGCAUUCAUGAACAGGCCUAAUUAAAUCCAAUCGAAUUAAGCCGAACAGAGUCGGACAAUUAAAACGCAAACACAAUUAAAUCGAAUGGAUCGGAGUGGAAGAUGGAAAUGAUGGAAAAUAGUGCAAAGCAAAAACAAAAACACAAAUAGAAUGAAAGCACAAUUGAAACAGAUACGAAAAUUAAAUUUAAAUAUUGUUUACACUCACCUCAAUGCUUUUGUUCUGCCUGCAGUGAAAGCCGCAUAAUCAUUUGCCAAAUCAACCGCACCAAAAAGUAAAUAAAUAAUAUCGAAAUCGCAGUGAUACGUCCUCAACCCACUUAGGAGUUAAACAAAUAACUAAAACUGCUUCAGAAUGCGUCGCAACAUCAAACUGAUCGUCUUCGUGAGCAUCAUCUGGAUGUUCGUGAUGGUCUACUACUUCCAGUCCAGUACGGAGAAGGUGGAAAAUCGAGCGCUGCGGCUUCGUGAGGUGGCCACCGCCAUGCAGCAGUACCAGGACGACUCCUCCUCGGCGGCCGCAGCCUCCACUGCCCGCCAGUGGGCGCAAGCUGGUGGAGGAGCGCUGCCGGGAGCGGUGGCAGGAGCAGCUGGCAGCGGGGCCGACGAUCCCGGUGGCAAUGUCAUUCUAAUCGGGUCGGUGAAGGACUUUGAGCGUAAUGCGGUCCACGGCCUCAAGCUGAAUGGAAUCGUGGCUCUGGAGGAGACAUCGCAGGGUCUCAGUGGAGGAACAGGUGGUCCUGGAGGCCGACUACCGGUGGCUCCAAGUGGUCGUGGCACCGAGGUGGAAUACUUCAACGAGGCAGGCUACAUUCGAGCGGGAGCCCUGCGCAAUGGCGAAGAUCCCUACAUCAGAAAUCGAUUCAACCAGGAGGCCAGCGAUGCUCUGCCCAGCAAUAGGGAUAUACCCGACACCAGGAAUCCCAUGUGCCGGACCAAGAAAUACCGCGAGGAUCUCCCCGAGACGAGUGUCAUCAUCACCUUUCACAACGAGGCGCGGUCAACCUUGCUGCGUACCAUUGUGAGUGUCCUCAACCGCAGUCCAGAGCACUUGAUUCGGGAAAUUGUCCUGGUAGAUGACUACAGUGAUCAUCCUGAGGAUGGCUUAGAGCUGGCCAAGAUCGACAAGGUGCGGGUGAUCCGCAACGACAAGCGCGAAGGCUUAGUGAGGUCAAGAGUCAAGGGAGCAGAUGCUGCCGUUAGCAGUGUGCUGACCUUCCUCGACAGCCACGUCGAAUGCAACGAGAUGUGGCUGGAACCUCUCCUGGAUCGCGUUCGCGAAGAUCCCACCCGCGUGGUCUGUCCCGUGAUCGAUGUGAUCAGCAUGGACAACUUCCAGUACAUUGGAGCCUCGGCGGACUUACGAGGUGGAUUCGACUGGAACCUGAUCUUCAAGUGGGAGUAUCUCAGUCCCUCGGAGCGGGCCAUGCGCCACAAUGACCCCACCACGGCCAUCCGGACGCCGAUGAUUGCCGGUGGCCUGUUCGUCAUCGACAAGGCCUACUUCAACAAGCUGGGCAAGUACGACAUGAAGAUGGACGUGUGGGGCGGUGAGAAUCUGGAGAUCUCGUUCCGCGUGUGGCAGUGUGGCGGCAGCUUGGAAAUUAUUCCCUGCAGCCGGGUGGGUCACGUCUUCCGCAAACGCCACCCCUACACUUUCCCAGGGGGUAGCGGCAACGUCUUUGCCCGGAACACGCGACGUGCCGCGGAGGUUUGGAUGGAUGACUACAAGCAGCAUUACUACAACGCCGUGCCACUGGCCAAGAACAUUCCCUUCGGCAACAUUGAUGACCGUCUGGCUUUGAAGGAGAAAUUGCAUUGCAAGCCCUUCAAAUGGUAUCUGGAGAAUGUCUAUCCCGACCUGCAGGCACCCGACCCACAGGAGGUUGGCCAAUUCCGGCAGGAUAGCACGGAGUGCUUGGACACGAUGGGCCACUUAAUCGACGGCACUGUGGGUAUUUUCCCUUGCCACAACACGGGCGGCAAUCAGGAGUGGGCCUUCACGAAGCGCGGCGAGAUCAAGCACGACGACCUCUGCCUGACCCUGGUGACAUUUGCGCGGGGCUCCCAGGUGGUGCUGAAGGCCUGCGAUGACUCGGAGAACCAGCGGUGGAUCAUGCGGGAGGGCGGUCUAGUGCGGCACUACAAGAUCAACGUAUGCCUGGACUCCCGAGAUCAGAGUCAGCAGGGCGUGAGUGCCCAGCACUGCAACUCGGCACUGGGAACGCAGAGGUGGUCCUUCGGGAAGUACGCGUGAGGAAGAGGUCCGGGUUUGAACUAAGUAAGCCGGAGGAGGAAAAUGCAGAUCGGUCGUGAUAUAUGUGCAAGUUGAAGGGAGGCUGCCUACCUAACGCGAUGCGGAUUGUGUGUGUACUGUACUGUGUACUCGUAAUGAUUUAUCCAUGUUGAUUUGUUGCUGAACAGAGGAGAGAGGACACUCGGACACACCUUACACAUAUACGAGUAUAUAUAUAUUAACUGCAUGUAUGUGGAAUAAGUUUAACUUUAGUUUGAAAUCAAAUCAACUGCUCCCGGGGGGUCAAAGUUAAACGCUACCUAAACAAAAACCAACACGAAGGGCAUACAAAAAAUGUACUUAGACUGAUUAAUUUUUUGUAUAUGUAUAAAAACUAUAUGAAAACGAAGUAAUACUAUAACCUUAAUGCAACCUUUGGCAGCUGAUGGAACUAAACUGUAACUAAUUUGCAUUCUCACACAGCACACGUUCAUUCAAGUCAAUUAAGAUCUAUGCGAAAGCGGCACGAUUAGUAGCCACAUAUGGUCCGUUUCAGAUACACCCAACCCAAGUUACCCAAGCUCAGAGUCUUCUCAACCUUGUACUUAAAAUAAAACAUAAAAUGUUAUCAUUAGUUCUAAUUUACACCUAAGUGAAAUCAUUUAAACACUCAUUGACAACUAUAUGAUAUGUGUAUGUGUAUAUAUUGAGAAAGAAUAUCAUUUCAAUGUUCGUCGCAGGCCAAAAAAACCGAAAAUUUCGAUUAAACGUAUUGAAUAUUUAAAUAAUGUAGCCAGAGCGGAAAGUUGAUUGUCUCUUGUGUUUCACCAUCAAUCGGUUGUUAUUUCGAGUGCAUAAAUCAUUUUCCAUUUUGAAAGCGAUAUUUAUUUGCUUUUCAUGUUUUUUCAUACAAACUCUUUUCAUUGGAAUGCCUGGCAAAACGCGAAUGAUUUGAGAUAGAGGAGGAAAACAAACCAGAUAUUGUAUAUUUGUUUGUGAACCCGACAAAAAAUCAAUGAUUAAAGGGGAGUUCUUAAUUUAAACCAACUAGAGAGGCAACAAAAAAGGAAAACAAUAAAUGGAAACAUUUGAAAACAA